AUGGAUCCAGAGACUGUUGAGAACAAAGGUCCCAUUAAACCAUUGUUUUCUGUCAAGGUUCCAGAUGCUGUGAAGAAUGGAGAGAUUCUACAGUUUAACAUUAAAGUCCUCAAGACAGAUACAGAUGAGGAGAUAUGUACAGUAUCCAGACAGUACGAGGAUUUAGAAUGGCUACAACACUGUCUCAUGACAGAGAAUGAGAUCAGUGGUCUAAUUUUACCUCCAUUACCAGCCAGACCGGAAACAGAUGCGAAAGCUGCAGAGAAAAACACAAAGAAACAGCUUGGAACUUCAACAAAUGUUCUCAUGGCUGACGAGUUCCACAGUCACUGUCACAGUGUAGAAAAGUACCUGGUGUUGGUGUUGGAACAUGAAGUUUUAGGGAGAGACAAAGAAACACUUAGCAAUUUUUUAUGUCAACAAGAGGCACCGAUCCGAGCCAAACUGAAAAGAGGGAUCAUGAGUCGACUGUCCUCAGUCGUAGAGGAAGCAAGGAAAGGCCAACACAGGGAUAUAGAUGAAUUUUUCCACAAACAGAGGGAGUGGAGUACAGAGUAUUCCAAGGGAGCCAAGGAAACCUCACAGAAUUUUAACAGAAUGUUGAUAGCCCAAAUAAGAUUGGCUGGUUGUUACGGACAUUUAGCUACCUCAAUGUCGGCCAUGGAUGUGUACCGAGACGCCACCUCUGUACAGAUGAAUAUGCUACUUUCAAAGAUAGCUGAAGGAAUGGAAGACUAUAAGCGUGGUAUGGAGGUAUUAUGUACCAAUGACGAGAGGACCUUAGGGCGCAUGUUAGACCUCUAUGACCGUUACAUGGACUCGGUCAAGGAAAUGUUGUUCAGAAGAACGUCCCUAUUGGUGACCUAUGAAGAUGCUUCAAAGGCAUUAGAGAAAGCCAAACCUGUCAAAAAGGCAGCAGCUGAAGAAGCAAAGGCUUCAUCUCGAAAGGCAUAUGAGUCCUGUUCAACAGUUGCUAAAAAAGAGUUGAAGUCUUUCAUGCAACAGAGAAUUAUUUCAUUUGAGGGUGGACUGUCAUUGUUUGCUGAAUGUCGAAUCAAGACUGCACGAGACACGUAUACCUUACUAGUCCGAACACUGAAAGCGGUGAAAGAGAUGGACAUAUGACACUUAUUCAUCUUGGAUUAGGAUAUAUCUAAACCAAUGCAUGCCUUCUUUACUUGCCAAAACAACUUAAAUAUAAAUAUAUGAAAGAGACUGUUUACAUAUACAUUUAUUUAUAAAUCAUUAUAUUUUUGCUAGCAAAAUUUCCCAUUUGAAAUGUAAACCCCACUACAUGUGUGCCUCAAUAUAUAUUGAACAUUUUGGAAAUUCUUUAUUUUGUAGUAAAGAAAUGUUUUAUUUCCAUUUAGCAUGAAAUUUCUUUGGCCCAAGAAAAAGUCCAGAACUAAAGAGUACAUAUUACUAAUUGAGUUCCUUCUAACAAACUUUAAAAAGCUAUUUAUACAAUCUGUUUAAGAUACACCUGUUUGUUGCGCUUUCUUUGGCCAAAGAAAAAGUCUAGAACUCGAUAGUGCUAAUUAAUUUCCUUCUAAUAAAUUUGGAAAAACUAUAUAUACAAUUUGUUUAAGAUUCAUCUCUUUGUUGCAGAGAAAUGAUAUCAAUAUUUCAAUGAUAAUUUUUGCGAUUUUUUGAUAUGUGUACAGUUUAACUCUUAAGAUUGAUAUUUUGCAUCACAAUGGUAAAUUGCAUUCUGUUACAAAACUGCCCCUUCAUUUGAAGAAGUGAAUUAUACCUUUGCAUGAAAAAUUAUUUUUUCAAAAAUGUAUAAAAAUCUUGGAAUUGCAGAAGAUUUAUGAAGGAUAAAGUAGGAUAUUAUCAUCAGUUUGAAGUAACUUUUAUUAUAAGAACCUUGCAUUUUCCAUGAUGAGGGUAACCUUUGAGCAUACCACAUAGAUUCAACACAUAUCUAUUUUUAAUAUAUAUACCUCUGUUAAUGAGAAUGUUUGAAAUUGAAACUUUACAAAAUUAAUUUUAUACUUGCCAAACCAGUUUUACUUCCUGACACUGAAUAAUGGCCAGUCUAUUCAGAGUGCUGAUGAAAUCCUUGAUUUUUGGAAUUACUUGAUGUUUUAGGCUGUAGAUAAUUUCUCUGAUUGUGAUAUACUGUAUUAAUGUCAUAUUAAUCUCUGAAAAAUGAGUUGUUACUGUAGUUUUGUAUUAUUGCUGUAAAUUUCUGUAGAUAAAAUUGAUAGGUUGUUUAUCGGUUGUGUAAGAAAAAAGAUCUAGGUAAGAUGAUGAAAGGAUUUAUCUUGCAAUUAUCCAGAGGGCCAACACAUAACCUCGGAUUCAGAAUCAGGGAGGUAG